GAAUCGCACUACUGUUUUAGCAAGGUGAGUCUACAAAUCCGAAGUGAAUUUAUUUCGUUAGCAUAAUGUAUGUUAAACAAAUCUAUAUGUCCAAAAUAGGCCGCAUGCAUGCGGCCAGGCUGACUUUACAUUUAACUGAUAAAGUUACUCACGCAUUAGCUCAAAUUAUUUUCUGUGACUUUACCUUAGAAAACGUGUUGUCAUUUUCUACACGGUCGUCGGACCUCCUAAGCGAACCCAAUGAAUGAAUCAACAGGCAACAAUCCUCAAGCAGAACCUAUAGGGAAGGCGUUGUGUGUUGAUCCGAGCCGAGCAGCUGUUGUCGGUGGCACGGCUGUUUGGAUUUGACCGCAGUGUAAAUCCUGUUAGGAAAGCUUUUGGGGAGCCAAAGCCGACGUUUCAGUCGGUUUGUAUCGGAAAUAACUUCCUCCGACUUGCCUUUGGGUGUUUCGUUUUAACGCCACACACCUGCUGCAGUUUUUGAACCGACAUGCCGGUGUUUGUAGAAGACCCCGCUCAGUUCUCUAAAGAGAAACUUAAGUCGGAGCUCAUAGCGAAUAAUGUGGAGCUGCCACCGGAGGAGAGCAACAAACACAUUUAUUUGGAGCUUUAUCUGAAAAAUGUGAAGACAAACAGCCCAGAUUUCUCCAGCGAUGAAGAGGACGACGGUAGUCUCAAUGACAACGCAGAGAAAGAAGAGGUGUCAGAUAUGGUAGACCUCCACCUGCUGACUGAUGACCAACUGAAAGCCAGACUGAUCCAGUAUGGAGUUAAACCGGGACCCAUUAUUGCUUCCACUAGAGCUUUAUAUGAGAAGAAGCUGCACAGGCUGAUGGAAGGUCCAGCGCAGACAUCACAGCGCAAGUUUAACGGCACAGCAGAGACGGGACAGUACUCUGACAGUGAGGAAGAUGCUGAGGAAGAUAAGGAGUCUGAGUCAGAGCAGUUUCGUUCUGAAACUGUGUUCCAGACAAAGCGCAUCAAAACAGCAAGCAGAGUGGGGACGUCCUGUCAGAGCAGAGGUUUUUACCCACAGUGCUUUUUACCCUCAGCUGGAUGGGGAAAGAGUCGGCACGAGUCAUCAGACACCAGCAAAAAGGGGUCUUUGGGUCAAACCGGGUCCCCGUGCAGAUCCUUCAGCAUCACUCAGAUGGUGGAAGAGAUUGAGAACCGAUUCAGUCCCCAAUCAAAACACACAGAGAUUGAAAGAAGGUCCAGUUAUAGUAAUGAACACACAAUAAACAGCAGGACCCUGCAGGAUUUCACGAGGCUGAAUAAAGACACCAUGACUGGCAGAUCUCUGUGUUUUAUGUCUCUAUCACCCCAUCAGAAACAAACUGUCACAGAACCCGUGAGUGAUGUUCUUUCAGAGAUGUUCCCUGACUGUGCCAAAACUCUCACUGGAAUCUACGCUACUAAGAGACGACCUAUAAAGGGAGCCGCAGGCCGUCCCGUGCAGUAUAAAUACCCAGAAAUGCCUCCAUUGAGUCCCACUACAUUGGAGAGACAGGAGAUCCAGCAGCGCCUGGUGCCUUUGUGGGUUCAGAUCGUGGUUUUUCUCCUGGUGACAUGUCUGCUUUAUCUCAUCUACUCAUCCAUGGAAGAGCCACUGUCCAAUCCGUUCAGUGCUCUGCUAGAUGGUCUACAAGAAAAACCUGGUCUGAUAUCCAGCACGCAGGACACACCCGCAGCUUAGGUUAAACAUGCAGUGGAUGUUUGUGCCUCAGGAAGUUAUGCAAACAUCAACUUCUAAUCUCCUCUCUCUGUUGAACAAACUGAGUGGACUUUGGACUGAAUAAAAUUAAAGGUUGUACAUCUUAAUAGUACUCCGGGUGCAAUAGUUUUUCUGUUUAUCACAUACCUGCCUUAAAAAAACAGCAUGGGAUUUUAAGAUGUUACUGAUGGUGUGGGUAGUUGUGGUGCUGUUUGUGGAGUGAAUGUUGUUCUUGAUCUUUUAUGAUUUAUUUUAUGCGAGUUGUUUUCCUCUUGAAGUAAUGUGGGUUUUUUGUACUGUUCUUAAAUCACAGUGAUACCCAAGAACCUGAAUUCAUGAGUGAACAAUGACAUUUGGUGUCUUAUCUAGCUGGACUAUUCAUUUUUAUGGCUAAAUAAAUUUCUUC